AUGUUCGGAAUAUCAUAUUGGAUGAUACCUGUCUUUUCAGGAAUGGUAUGGCUUGCAAUGCUCUUAGCCAUGCUAUUGACUUGGACCGUCGCAGAUGGUUCUCCAAUAAUUACACCCAUGGAUAAUGGUCAAACUAUUGCAUAUAUUUCAGAUAUUGGAGCGCAUGAACUUCAACCACUCUUUAUUGCCAUGGGUACCGUAACUAUGGUGACAUUCAAUAUGGUUUUUAUUGCAGAGAGAUGGUUACGACAUAAUGGUCGUUUACAUGGGAAUACCUCGGUCUUCCAAAAAGUACUAUCAGGCCUUGCAAUUGCCUUCUCCGUUGCAGGUGGAAUCGGUUUGAUCUGUCUUACUUGUCUCAAUGAUGUCAACCACCACACUGCACACGACAUUUGUUUGGCGAUUUUCAUUGGUGGUUACAUCCUUGCUGCCAUCUUCAUCUGUUGGGAAUACCAACGUCUCGGAAUCCACUACCGGGAACACAGCGUCCUACGCAUCUCCUUCUGGGUCAAACUUACCUUUAUCUUCGUCGAAUUAGGUCUCGCUAUCGGAUUCGGCGUUUGCAACCGUAAAUCUUUGUGGAACACUGCUGCAAUCCUCGAAUGGAUCAUCGCAUUGAUUUACACAUUCUACGUUUGGAGUUUCGCCAUCGAUUUCAUCCCCGCCAUCAGAACAAAACAUUACCAGAGCAAAGAUACCGAAGCCGAAAUGGCAAUGGCGAUGGAUGUUGAGAGUAGGCAGAGAGGAUAUCAUGGAGCUGCCGAUGAACAAAGAGCCUAUGGGAGUGCGGAAAGUAGUGGACACGGAAGAUACAAUCCUGAGCCUGUCGUUCCUGCGAGGAACUUCUAG